ACAGUAAUCCCUAUCUGUGGUUACCAGCUGGUGCCCAUGGACUGUUCAUCACGAUUGCAUCGUGGGACACCGCUUACCGCUAGUCGGCAUGGAAUCGAGUCGACAUCGAGCGACAGCCCUAAGAGUAAUCGAGCUGCUGAAGCCGUCAUCGCCGCUUUGGCUAUGCUCAAUUGCAAUAACAAUUGCGGAGGGGUAUAUACGAACUGGGCAACUAAAGCAGGAGAAGACCUCCAAAUCGUAGGUCUAGUUGGGCAUGUAUUUCCCAGUCCUGAGAAUAUUAAGAAAGCUGUGAAAAAGAUCUGA